CCGUUGCUCGGCCGUUGGGAUGGAAUGUGAGAUGGGACGAAAUGCUAUAAACAAACACAUGUGCCUGUGGUGAUGUUCUCUAUCGUUCGGCUCAAAAAUACAAGCAGUCGACGAUAUGAAACUUUCCAUUCUCAUCGCGAGGUUCAGCUACGUAUGGGCGACCCAGAGCCUUGCAUAUUCCGUCCACGGUCACCACCAAGAUGCCGGAUCAGUUCAUGGACCCUCGUCCGAUGGCUCUGAUGCGGGCCAAGUUGCGCCGAGAAGUAGCCUGUUGCGGCCACGGCAAGAUUUCGAUACCAGAGCCGCAGCAAAGGCGGCCAUCGACGCUUUGAACAACAAGUUCUAUUCCUCCACGCAGGCCAUCUGGUCACCUGGCGACCCUUGGUGGCUGAGUGGCGUUGCCCUCGCCAGUGUUAUAGACUACAUGCGCAAGACGGGCUCUAGCGAUUACCUAGAUCAGGUCCACGACAUCAUCCAAGUGCAAAGAACCCAAUACGCUGAAAGCGGCGGCGACUUUCGUGGCCAGUCGACCGACGAUACGGGCUGGUGGGCGCUCGCUAUGAUUCGGAUGUACGAUCUAACGGGCAACGACACCUACCUCAACAUCUCGGUGGAGGACGAGGCUCACAUGUACAAGUCUUGGACCUCGUCCCCCUGCGGCGGUGGCAUAUACGUCGAUGUCGAGGCCAAGACAUACAAGAACGCCAUCGCCAACGAGUUGUACAUCAAGCUCGCCGCGUCGCUGCACAACCGUAUCGCCAAUGACACGGAGUACCUCUCCCGAGCGGAAACCGCCUGGUGGUGGUUCCAGGAAUCGGGCAUGAUCAGAAACGACAGCCUGAUCAAUGACGGCCUGGCCUCAAACAGCGACGGGAUCUGUUACAACAACAAACUGCCCGUCUGGACAUAUAACCAAGGCGUCAUUCUCGGUGCCCUCGUCGAACUCUACCAAGCCACCGCCUCCGACACCUACCUAACCGCCGCCUACACAAUAGCCGACGCAGUUCUCUCGUCCCAAACCAGCCCGCAGCUCAGCAAGGACGGCAUCCUGACCGAGGGGUCCUGCGAGCCCGACGAGGCGAACGGCUGCAACCACGAUCAGCAAGUCUUCAAGGGCGUGUUCGCCUACAACCUAGACGAACUGCACAACGCAACCCCGGAUGGCAGCGAGGACCACCCAUACCGGAGCUAUCUACAGCAGAACGCGCAGAGCGCGUACGCCUACGCAAGGGGCAAGGCGACUGACCUAUACGACGUCAGCUGGGUCGGGCCGUUCCAGAACUCGACGAUCGGGAAGCAGGCAAGCGCGGUUGGGCUGCUGGUUGCUGCUAUUUGAGUACUUGAGUAGGGGUUGGGGCUUAAAUUGGGUUAGAGGGUCCAUGGAUGUUGUGAGAUGCAGUAUUCAUAGCAGGGCAGUUCGUAACGAUCCAUAGCUUCACGACACCUUAAGGCCGGUUCUCUGCCAUCGGCAAAACUACAAUCACUUUCUCUAUCCUUCAAGCCUCCGGAAAAGCCCACGGACAUCACAGACAGACGGCACCAACGAGUUCCUUUACAAAAUUCAGUGCUCAAUUUGGGAGGUUCUUUGUGACCAAUUCCCAUCCAUCCGUGGCAAAUACCGAAGCAAAUAACAGAACCGCGGGAUAUCAAAUGUUAACGAAAGCUAGUCCGUCCCAGUGUUCGUUUCUCUCCCUGCGAGGC